CCGAACGAACCCUUAUCGGAGUAAUUUACCCCAGGGGCUUCGCCUACGAAACCUCGCGCACGCAUACUUCGUUGCCGUUCCGGUGGUAGACUCACUAAGUCCUACAGCGACGGGGAACUCUGCGAUCCGUCGUCGACGACGAAGGAUGAGUGGUGGCUCAUCUCCCGCUCACUCCUCCGCCACCGUCUAUGGAGCCGGUAAUGUUGGCUCCUGUGCCUCGUUUGACCCUGCGCUUCUUCGCUCCGAUCCACCGCCGCCCAUCCAUCUCUCAGCCGACCAGCUUAAACACUGUUCCGAUGCCUUAGUCGCCCUCAAGAGGAAGCUCCGGACCCCGGGAAAGAUUUCCCUAGAAUUCGAUCGCCUCCAGGACAUGAGGUUGACGAAGCUAGAUUUUUUAAGAAAGUGUAAGGUUGCUCUUCAGGUUGACAAUUUCCAGAAAAAUCGUUAUACUGACGUGAUUCCAUAUGACAGUUCAAGGGUUGUGCUUAAUUCAACUGAAGAGGGUGGACAUUUCAAUGGUGACUAUAUAAAUGCGAGCUUUAUUACGGCUGGUUUUUCGGAACACCUCUCAAGGUUUAUUGCUACUCAAGGUCCACUUCCAGAUACCUUUGAGGACUUUUGGGAGAUGGUAAUGCAAUACCGUUGCCCAGCUAUUGUGAUGCUUACUGCAGUUGAUAAUCCAAAGAUGAUGAAAAAGUGUGCUGAUUAUUUUCAAGUAGAGAAUGGAACCCGAGAGUUUGGAAAGAUUAGUUUGUGCAACAAAUGGGAAAGAAUAACUGACUCUUCAUUAGUUCUUCGUUGCUUGGAGGUGAAGAAGAAAGAGUCUCAAGAAUCUUCCAUGAAUGUUCUGCAUAUUCAUUACCCUGAUUGGCCUGAUCAUGGAGUACCUCAAGAUACUGUCAUUGUUAGAGAAAUUCUGAAGAUCACAUAUAAUAUUUCGGCUAAUCUUGGGCCAAUCGUUGUGCAUUGCAGUGCAGGCAUUGGUCGAACUGGUACAUAUUGUGCAAUUCAUAACACCAUCCAAAGAAUUCUCAUUGGUGAUAUGUCUUCUUUAGAUCUUGCUAAAACUGUUGCUGAUUUUAGAUCACAGCGGAUGGGGAUGGUUCAGACAGUGGAGCAAUUCUACUUUUGCUAUGUUGCAGUUGUGGAUGAGUUGGAGGCACUUGUUUCUAAAUCCUGCUACUAGAUUAAUUGAAGGUAGCUAUAAUGAUAUUUUUGAAUGCUUAUAUCUACAAAGGUAGUUUUGUGAAUAAGGUAUAAUUAUGUAUUCUAUUGAAGCAGAGCCCAGGUGGCGAUUGGAUGCUUGUAGCCUCUCUCUAACCCUACAUUUCCACUUAUAGUGUAUUUUUCUACUUCAGUUGGAUUACAUCAAGGAUUAAUUUUAAGUCCAUAUCUUUUUUGCUUUA